UUUCAUUGUUUUGCUAACUGUGGCUGUCAUGCUGGGGAACUUUGCAGCACCGUUUUGUCUGCAUACAGUACUAGGACCUCUAUUGGGUAUUCCUACGAGUGCAGAAGCCGCUGCGGAAGCUGGGAAAAUUUUAACCACAUCCCUGUCACAAAUUGAAUCUGUUUGGCUCAAUGAAAAUGGGAAGUUUUUAUUGGCUAAUUCAGAACCAUCAAUUGCUGAUCUUAGCCUUGUUUGCGAAAUCAUGCAAUUUGAGAUUUUGCUUGAGGAAGAUCGUGUCCGAGUGUUAACCCCAUUCAAAAAAGUAUUGAAGUGGAUUGAGGAUACAAGAAUUGCAACAAGCCCUCAUUUCGAAGAAGUGCAUAAAGUCUUACUUGGAGCAAAAUCAGCACUGCAUAAACUACCCCUUGAAGACAACUACGAGUCCAUGUCAAGCAUCAAAGCCAUGCUUCAGUGAGAUUGAAAAUCCCAAUGAUCCAAUCCUCGUUGAGUGGAUUUGGAGGCCUACUGACAAGUGUGGUAGUCGGGAGGGUUCUAACCAUAUUUCUGUCUUUUAAGUCAGUUGGGGUGUAAGAGCAGCUCUAGUUUCACUUGCUCUUGUGCUCAUGGUGUGUUUAAAGGCUUUAUGUAAUGUGUGUAUUCUAAAGCACUUUCUUUCGAGUUCUGCAAGGAUAUUCAUAAAAGUUUUAUCUGUUUGUCAACAUUGAAAUGCAACAGAUGAUCUAAAUAAGUUAUUGUGAA